AUGGAUUCUCUCGGAUAUGCCCUUGCUACGGCAGACUCUUUGAAUAAUUUCGUUCAUUCUGAGAUCAAGGCUACAGAUAACAAGGUCACCAACUCGAAAGAAGCUAAGGAUGCCAAGGAUGCCAAGGCUAUGGCGAUGUCUGCUGUCAAAAGUACGAUUUCUCUGGUUGAUAGCACGUUAGCUAAGCUACGCUCUAUCCCAAGCCCAAAUGGACCCAAAUCUAGAACCAAAUGUACUCCCUCCGCAUCCUAUUUGGGGUUCAACCAUACCCUUAAAGAAUCGGGAGAACAUCCAGCCCGUAGAACUUCUAACGAAGCUACUCUUCGAGAUCCCUGGCUUCCACCCGAUGUGCAGGCGUUGAUUACCACUAUGUCUGCUAAUAAGGAAAGUGGCCUCGGUAGCCAGUAUGAAAGCUUGAGUGAUAUGGCUUUCUCUAUCGAGCCAAUUGUCGAUAACUUCAACGAAGUCUUGAAUAAGCCAUACUUGGAAGAUUUCUCUGCUACGCUAAACACUGUGCCUGUCAUUGGUUUGAAGAAUAAGCAGAUCGUAUAUCUAGACACCCAGCUAGAUCUUUUAGCAAAAUCUGGAACCAAAGAUGUCUGGAAAUCCUUUGCUGCCUUCCCCACCGAUGCCAACCUGUCGGCCGACUCCAAUAUCCACUUCUUUCCCUACAAAGGUGACUUCUAUCUUUCGGUGGGAACCGCGGUUUGGCGGAAGAGACACAUAUUUCCCCAUGAAUCUACCCUUACGCAGUCUGUUGGUAACUGGCCCAAGUUGUACAGGAAUGAUUGGGAGAGGAUCGGGGACAGUGUCUUCCCCGCCGACGACCUUCGAGAUGUGAUUCCCUUUGCUAAGCUUAACCCUACAAGAAGAGAAGUCGGAUUCGAACUCUUGAUCCUUAACCAAGAUAGCUCUAUUCAGGUUCUAGCCAAGGAUGAUAUCUAUGGGUCCAACACGUGGAAUACCAUUUCGUACAUAAAGGGAAAAGACGAUCCGAGUGCGCCGCCAAUGUGGUCCCGGAUGGCUUACUGGAGCAACAGCAUCGUGGCUCUCGACGACCAGAACAACACCUGGAGCUUGAAGGUCAACUUUGAGGCGGGCACGUAUACUAUAGCAGAUAAGACGCCCAUUGAAUCCACAUCCGAGUUCACGGCGACAGACCUCGGACCUGUCACCGUGCGAUCUGAUGGCUACUUGUACAAGAGAUACCUCCAGGACCCUCCAAGUGACGGUACAGACCCUGCAGUGAAGUGGUCUAAGUGGGUUCGCCAGGACGGUGUCACUAAUCUCGGCGUUGCGUCGCCAGGCGUGGUGUUGGAUCUCCGAGUUUUGACCCGUACGCUAAAGGAAAGGUAUAUUGAAACGCAAACGACGUUAUACCCCCUUGUGAAUAAGAUCAAUGCCUUUUCGAUAGCCCAUACAUUCUACUUAGAUAACCUUAGGGAAACUGCCGACAAAUGGGCCUUGGAGCCGGACGACAAGAAAAGAGAGCAAGCUAUCGAGUCUGGUAAACGCUUUGUCAACCACGCCAAGGUGUGGUCAAUGAUCUUGAACAGGUCCAUCCUGAAUACUAAUAAUGCCGUCAAUAUCAUGACUGCUCAGCUCCAGGACGUCAAGUCUCAGCUAGAAAUUCAGUUACAGUUACUCAAGGAUAAGUUGUUGGCUCUGAACAACACACUUGAUGUCCAAAAAGAUGCACUGAGUAAGCUUAAUGCUGCAUUUUGGGGUUCGGUGGCAUUGACGUUAUUAGGAUUGGUUACCGGGGUGCUGCUAGUCGCCACUGGAGUCGGCGCUCCCUAUGCCAUUGCCGCCGGUGCCCUUUUCGUCGGAGGUCUUGUCUCUACGAUAAUCUUGUCCGUCAAGAUAACGGAACUAAAAAAUCAGAUGUUUCAGACGCAAUCGCAGAUUAGGGUCACCAACGUGGCUAUUUCGCAACUUGCUUCGGUGGUCGCGAACUUUACCGAACUUGAUAGGCUAUACACCAACCUAAACAGAUUCUGGGGGGGGAUGGGCAACCAAGCCGACGCUCUAGGCGCCAUGGAUGAUGUUACAGCCUUCUUGUUAGGGGAAAAACUCCUCGAUGACACUUCUUCCAUCGAUGCUGGGCUAGACAUCACCAAAAAUAUUUCUAGGGCUGCUUUCACCUACUUGGACGUCCUGAACAAGCAAGGCAUUAUUAUCCCUGAUGAGCUAACAGUCGCAAAGUCGCAAUACCGGACGAAGUUAGCCAAGACUGUUUCCAUUGCAACCAAUGAAAAUCUGGAUGCUCUUUUCUAUGCCACUGUUGAACUUGCCCGAGACGCCCUAUCUCAUGACAAACUCGACAAGUAUGAAAACCUCAUGGAAGAUGCGCUUAGCAUCGUGAUGCGAAAGACAGACAGCCUCAUGCUAGACAAGAUAACAUCCAGCAUUUGGUAUGAUACCCGUGGCAUUAAGAACGCUGCGGCCCUUUUCAAUAAUUCCGCUCUAUGCAGGACGUCUCUUUCCAAUAUAAUCGGAAAUGUUGUUGGAAUCACCGGGACUAGCGACCCUACUGCUAUUGAAAACUGCAUAAAUACAGCAGCGCCUGUUGUAAUCGGAAUGCUCUACAAGACUAUGUACAUGUGCCAGGACAUCCAGGACCUCCUGGACCGCUACAAGAAGGCUAAUGGAGGCAAAGAGGAGAUUGACAAGCUCAAGAAUACCCUACUGGAGACAGCAAUUGAUAACUGCACCAAAGCCCAAAUGUAUGCUGCCCGGGCCAAUACUGCUUUCAACGACGUGAACCACGCGGCCACAGACUACCAGGAAUAUCUCAACCGCGAGAUUAACUACUUGAAAGCCAUCGCAGCAUCGGCCACAACUUCUGCAAAUAAGCAGAUUCAGGAUAUCGAUAUUCCUUCGUGUAUCUCGCUGGGUGGUCGGGGCGCCAUUCUCGCAUACAAAGCCGUGAGAGAAGAUGAAAAACAGAGGGAUCUGAGCAGGCGGCUGCGAGAUAUCAGCAGCUCCAUCAACGGGCUCAUGGACCUCAUAUCUAAAGGAAAUAUUAUCGAUGGUCAUAACACUACUUGGAUAGAGAUGGUACAGACGAUCAAUAGCUGCCUAGGGGUGGUGCACAAACUCCUCACCACAAUUCAAGGACAUAUUAGGGAAGACAUUACCAUAUACGAGUCGCUCCUUGACGUGGAAUGGACAAACGUUCAGGAGGAAAGCAACGAAAUUCUUGACAUCCUCGCCAGCAGGGGCAUAGAUACCAGCCCCCCCAAAGAUGUAGUAAACUCUCACUCCGUGGAUCUAGUAGUGCAAAGGAGAUCCCCAAUCGCCCCCGCAUCUGAAAUCGAGGCUAGGGUAGUAGAAGCACUUACAGCGCCAGGUAAACUUGACACAGCCAUAACGAGCCAGGCAGAAAAGGCGAAGAGCUUCUUCGCCGAAAUAGAGAAGUUGUUGAAGUCGCCGUAUCUUUCGGGCAUUGUGGGAUACUGGGAUACCAAUCAAAUCGAGAAGUCUUCCCUCCUCGACGUUGUCAGCCGCCUGCGGAGCCAAUAUGUCGAUAUGAUAUCCAAUGAAUACCCGGUAAUCCUUAACAUGUACACCACCUCGCUGCUGCAGGAGACACGUGCUCGGAAUGUCAAGAGCGGAGAACUGCGAAUCGAUAUCUUCGUGUCUUCUAGCUUGCAGUCAGCGCGCUACGGCCAAAAGGCUGCGAGCACCGCGGCUGGCAAGUUCCGGGCGUCAUCGGCGGACUACGCCUUCGUCCUCAAGCAGGUACAGGCUAACCUAGAACAGAUCAAAGAGAAGCUGGAAGAGGUCGACCAAAACAUCGAUGAGCUGAAGAAAGAGAGGCGCAACCUUAUAAUCGGCCUUAUCGCUGAUGUUUUCGCGAUGACGUUUGCGACUGCCAUUCUCCUCGCUGGUUUCGCCUUCCUCGGCCCUGUUUCCAUCGCACUCACCACUGUGGAGGCCCUAGGUCUAGGUGCGACAGCGACAGCUGCGACUAUCGCGGGCGUCAUUGAUAGCUUAAAACUGGCGGAUAUCAUUGCGCUCAUUGGUGUUCUUCAGAACACAAAGAGGGACUUGAACGUGGCGUAUGAAGGCCUCGGAACUAUUCGUCCACUGUUUAAGAAUGUGCUUGACGCCGCAGAGGGGAUGGAGAGUGUCGUGACAAAGAUGGCGGACAGGCUCGAAGUUAUACUUUGCGACGUGGAAUUGCUGAAGCAGGUUAAGUUGUCUAAAGAGGAUGUCGAGGAAAUCGGUAAAGCUUGGACAGAUGUUAAGGAUGGCUGCAUUUUCUGGAUGGAUACUAUCAAUGCCCAGGGAAUCAACCCUGCUACUCUCUGA